ACAGUGUACUAACAGUAGGUCAGAGUGGUAAACAAGCUCAGGAGUCGCACUCGGUACCAAGUUUUGCUCUGAAAAUGUCCCGCAGAAGACUGUUAAACGCAGGUUGUGCUUUGUGGCAGAAAAGCAGCAGUGUUGUAUUAAAAAACCCCGUCGCUUUCUGCGCUAGCUUUGCAACGAGUUCGACACAAAACGAGCAGAAAUGCUGCAAAGAAGGACAAACCUGUGCAGCGACGCGCCCCGCGGCAGCCCCUCUCAGACACCAUCAUGGCAGCGGGAAGGCAAAGGGCGAGGAAGCUUUUCAUAAAGCCGGGAGGUCUUUUUGUUCUACCGCCCCUCAAAUCGACCACAAAACGUACUUAUGGGCGAGAUACAACGAAAUGAAACGCCUGGUGCACGAUUUGAUUCCUCCUGGAGUGUGCAACCUUCUUAAUCCCUCCACCAUUUAUGCCAACAAUGAGGUGAACUUAGAAGAGGUGGACAUCUAUGGUUUUGAUUAUGAUUACACACUGGCCCUCUACUCCAGCGCUCUUGACGAGAUGAUCUACAACAAAGCCAGAGAGUUCCUCAUAGAGCACUUCAAGUAUCCUCAAGAUAUCAGAAAGUACAGCUACAUCCCCAACUUUGCAACCCGAGGACUUCAUUACGAUAUCCAGAAGGGACUGCUGAUGAAAAUAGAUGCCUUCCAUUAUAUUCAGCUCGGGACUGUGUAUCGGGGUCUGAAGCCUGUUCCAGAUGAUGAGGUCAUGCAGUUGUAUGGAGGUUGUAAUCACGUCCCUCUCCACCAAGUCAGCGGCUUCUAUGGAAAGGGACCCAAGAUGAAGCAGUUCAUGGAUGUGUUUUCCAUCCCAGAGAUGACACUUUUGGCUUCUGUUAAUGACUAUUUUAUUACCAAUGAUAUAGAAUAUGACCCUGAGCACCUCUACAAAGACGUGUCUGACUCUGUUGGUAUGGUGCAUAUUAAAGGGUACAUGUACAAGUGGAUAAUGCAAGACUUGGAGAAAUAUAUCCUCAGAGGAGAUGAGACCUAUGCAGUGCUGCAUCGACUGGCCAGCCACAAAAAGAAGCUUUUCCUUAUUACCAACAGCCCCUUCAGCUUUGUAGACAAAGGCAUGAAGUACAUGGUGGGAAAAGAUUGGAGGGACUUCUUCGAUGCUGUCAUUGUUCAAGCUGACAAGCCACACUUUUUUAAUGACUGUGUGAAACCUUUUAGACGACUAGACAGUAACGGAGUCCUCCAGUGGGACAGGAUCAAGAGUUUGGAAAAAGGGCAGAUAUACAAACAGGGAAACCUUGUUGAUUUUCUGAGACUGACAGGCUGGCGUGGCUCCAGAGUGCUCUAUUUUGGGGACCAUCUUUACAGCGACUUGGCAGACCUGAUGCUGCGCCAUGGCUGGAGGACCGGUGCAAUUGUUCCUGAGCUGGAGGUGGAGACAAAGGUGGUGAACACUGAGCAAUAUGCGCAGAGUCUUACCUGGCUCCAGGCUCUCACUGGCCUUCUGGAACGCAUGCAGAUGUAUCGUGAUCCAGAGUCCAAAAAAGUGCUUCAAGAAUGGCUGAAGGAGAGAGAAGAGUUUCGAGCUGUCACCAAAAACUUGUUCAACCCACAGUUUGGCAGCAUCUUCCGUACGUGCCACAAUCCUACCUACUUUUCUCGCCGACUGUGCCGCUUUUCUGACCUCUACAUGGCUUCCAUCAGCUGCCUUUUGAACUACGAUCUCUCCUACACGUUCUACCCGCGUCGUACUCCUCUGCAGCACGAGGCACCCCUGUGGAUGGACCAACUCUGCACCGGGUGCAUGAAGACACCUUUCCUGGAGGAGAUGGCCCACAUACGCUAAAUUGUUUGCUGCACACGCUGUCCAGUGACGCACAAAUUUAUACCAACUAGCAUACAUGCCACGUGUUACAAACUGUAAUGUUAAUCAGGGUCAGGUUAUAGAUGUGUGCAUAGCAAAAAUAUUUUACUACAAUGAUCACCUUCCUUGAAUGUCAAGAAUUCAACUCUAUGUGUAAGGUAGCCAAGCAAUUAAAACCAACUGCUACUGGGGUUUACCUUGUAGUUUGUGUUGAACUUUAGGGAGUGUCAUGUGACUCUUUGAGCAAGCGUGCUGAACAUAACCGCGCCAUCUGCUGGAGCAUCUGUUACACUGCAUUUUCAGCGUUUACAAGGAAGGAGAUGGGAACCUCGUGUUCGGCUUGUGACGCACAAUUAUACUCAGUUUUUUUUAGGGACGUUAUUUACAAUGGCAUUGACUGCCUGUUUUAGUUUCGUCUCUUCUGCAAGGUACAAUGUAACAACAUUGCAUGCUUCCAGCUUGCUUUUGUUUGCCACGUAGAAGGAAGAGAAAUGCACAGAGGGUGGUGUAUAGUGUAAUUCCACAGACUUGGUGGUUUUUUUUUUUUCCUCUCUAAACAACUCUCCAACCAUGAUGUACUUGUUGUCAGAGGUGCUGUGGACAGUUUUCAGUCUGGACAUUUUGUUUCCCAUGUUCGCCUUGGGCCCUAUUGUCCACUAAAGGUCCUUGGCUCCUUUUAUGAAUUUUCUUCUCCAUUGAGAGACCCUUUUUAAUUUGUUGAUGUUUUUGAUAAUUUUUACAAAGUCUUAACAUUUUGGUUUGCCAGCCUAACCUAUUAAAAUAGCACAUCCCAUCUAUAAAGCGUUUCACUACUGCUCAGAAUAAAAAUAAAUAAAUAAAAAUUU